UGCUGUGUGCUUUGUCAGUCAACAUUUCCCACCAAAAACACAGUCGACAAUUUUUAUCGAAGCAAAAGAAUAUAACCAUUACUGUAAAAAUGGCUUCGGCUUCAGGAUCUCACAAAGAAAGUGAUUUGGACGUCAAAGCACGAAGAGCAAUGGAGCGCGUAUCCGAAAACAUGCACGUUGUAGCCAAUGAACCUUCGCUGGCAUUAUAUCGUCUCCAAGAACAUGUUCGGAAAGCGCUACCCUUUAUGGUGGAGAAACGUGGUGAAUUUGGACAUCUUCACGAGCAACUGCAGGGACGCUGCUACGACGCUGACUACGCAGUCAGUGCCGUCAACGAGAUCACCAAGGCCAAGGAUCCUUUUGAAGCCUGCGCGGCAUCGUUGAAGAACGCAAUUUUUUAUCGACAACAGCUGCGCUAUCGUGACUCCCGAAACUUGGCCAAUUUGUCCCCCCGUUGAGUUGACUGCGAUUGGCCGGAAAACCCAAAUUUCUUUUCCGGUACAAGGCGAACACAUCUAUUCUGGCUACUUACUACUAUCACUCGUCUUUUUGCCUUUUUUCCCUUUUUCUUUACAUCUAUUGCGACCAACUAAUAAUGUUACUACUAUUCUUGUCCUGGCUUUGAUCCAAUCAACAGACAAAAGAAGAGCCAAUCCAUGUACAAGCGCUUUUCAGCCUCUGAGCCGUCGACGGAAAGCGAGCCACCACCGACCGGACCCGCCAGGCCGCAGAGCAGUAUUUAUCAGUCAUGAAUUUGAUUAUAUAUACUUUUUGGACCACUUCGUUUACACACGGCCAUUUGGUUGGGUUCGACAAGGCACAGAAUAACUAACUGCCCUCACCCCCCACACCGCGAUGUAAACUUGAUACAAUUGACCUGUAACGAAUACAGAAAAGAGACGCGUACUUGACAACA